AUCUCCCACUUGCCCAUCCCUCGCACUCGCCUCACGGCGAUGCUCGACGUCCUCCUCCCCCUAUUCCUCCUCCUGGCUCUGGGACUCGCCCUCCGCGCGGCGCCGACGCUCGCCCUCCGCACCGCCCCCUCCCUCGCCAAGGCCCGCAAGCUCACCCCGGCCGCAUACCACACACUCUCGCGGCGCUCUGAGUGGGUCGUGUCCCGCCAAGGCCUCACGGUCUCGACGAGCACAGGCGCGCUCAAUGGGCUCCCGAAGCGCGCUGUCGGGUGUCUUUCCAUGCGCGGGAAAGCGAAUGCACGGAGGUUCUACGACGCCGGUGUAGCUGCCGGAUGUGUGGGGUGCGCGGGAGCACUGCUCGGCGCUCUGUGGGCUCUGACGCGCGCGUGGGGCGCAGUAUGGGAGGAAGCCGAGGCACACGCCGCUCACUCAUCCGCCUCGAGGUUGCUCCGCCGCGCCCUGCCCCCACCGCAGCCGGGGCCGAGGGAAAUACACAGCUCCAACCCCGGGUUGGUACCUCUGAUACCAGGAGUCACGACGCCGCUCGUCCACCUCCCUACAUUAGUGUUGGCCCUUGUGCUGGCCCAGCUCAUUCACGAGGCGGGACAUGCGCUCGCCGCCGCCCUGGACGACGUCGCGCCCUCCAAGCUCCAGUUCUCUAUUCACGCCGUUGUCCCCAGCGCAAGCGUCGUCUUUCCCUCCUCGGUCGACUACCUCCCGACACGAGCACGGGCACGUAUUGCGACCAGUGGGCCAUGGCACAACCUCAUCCUCUGGGGAUGUCUGCUCGGCUUAGGCUGGCUCUCACCCCUCCUGUGGGCAGACUACUCCGCCCAGGGGCGGGUUGUCACCUCCAUUUCACCAACAUCCGGCUUGCGCACCUCGCUGCAACCUGGCGAUUUGAUCACACAUCUGGACGACGUGUCUGUCGGCGGCAACCGAGACAUAUGGGAACAGUACCUCUCGUCGUCUGAACCACCCAUGCAAGAGGGAGGAUGGUGCGUACCGGUCGAAGAGUUUGGGGCUGCGCCGUCAUCGCCGUGCGGGCAUCGGCACCUCGUCGCGUUCACGCGUGUUGGCGGGGAGGAGGAGCGCUGUCUCGCUCCACAUGGUGUCUUCGCCGAGCCGCACGCCAGAGAGUGCAGAUGCGGCGCGCAGGAAGUCUGCGUCCGGCUCGGCGAAGCGGAGAAGAUCUUGCGCAUCCGCGUCCGCAAAGGCCGGCGAGCAGAUACGGUGCUGUGGUCUGGCGACCGCGCGGCGGUUCUGCACGCGGUGCAGGUGGAUACGAGCGCCCCGCGGCUACUGGGAAGUUUGACACGAUGGGGAGCCCUCUUCUUGGCAUACUUCAAGAUGGCGUCGCUCUCGCUCUUUCUGUUCAAUCUUCUCCCGCUGCCCGGCACAGACGGGAUUCAGCUCUUCACGGCGCUGCUCUCGCCCUCGCGCGACCGCCCAGCGCGCCAGCUGACCGCCACGCCAAGCCGCCACCCCACGAUCAAUCCAUACCGCUACGAUAGCGGGAGCGACGACGACGACGACUACGCCCCGCGGUACGAAUACUCGGGCCACCGGCGCGAGGAGGUGUGGCAGCGCCGCCUGCGCCGUGCCGUCGAGGGCGCGACAGCUGCGGUCGUGGCGGGCUGGGUGCUAGGCUGGGCCAUGCUCGCGCUGCUGCGCUCGAGCUAGGCUUAUAGAGAUCUAUGUAUGAUGUAUGUG